CUACAAAACAUCUCACAUAUCACACAUCUGUUGUCUAGCAAGCAGGAGACGUCGUCUUAUGAAAACACACAUGUGUCUUUAUGCUAGGCUAGGUUAAUCCCCUCCUGAACAGGCACAAGAGUGGUAUCAAUCUUCUCGUCUAACUCUUGGAAAGAAACUGGAUAGGUAGAUUUACAUCAUGGCUUAUCAGGGAACUACAGGACCACUGCCUCAGGACCCAGUGUACUAUGUUGGGAUGCAGUCUGGUCAUAAUGCAGUAUAUUCAGCUCCAGUGGGCCACGGAGCAGCAGAUCGUCCACCAUACACACUGCCUACUGCUCCAAUGAUGAUGCCCACACCUGGCCGACCUGUGGGCUGCCCACCUGGACUGGAGUACCUGACUCAGACCAGUCAGCUCCUGGUCCAUCAGAGGGUUGAAAUGGCUGAAAUUGCUAUUGGCUGGGAGAUGAACAAUGUUUACACAGUAAAAAAUAGUAUGGGGCAGCAGGUGUUUGUGGCCACAGAGGAAAAUGACAUCUUCACCAUGCAGGCAUGUGGCCCCGGUAGACCCUUCACCAUUCACCUCCAUGAUAACAUUGGACAGGAAGUCUUGACCGUGAUUCGCCCCCUAAGGUGCACCAUGUGUUGUUUCCCUUGCUGCCUUCAGGAGCUGGAGGUGCACAGCCCUCCUGGGAACCCCAUCGGCUACGUGGAGCAGAAUUGGCACCCUGGUUUGCCCAAGUUCACCAUCCUGAAUGAGAUGAGGAGUCCCCAGCUGAAGAUCAAGGGGCAAUGGUGUGACUGUAGCUGCAUGUCUGACGUCAUCUUUGAGGUGAUGUCUUUGGAUGAGUCAGCUGUGGUGGGACAGAUCAGUAAGCAGUGGGGUGGGUUCAUGCAGGAAGGCUUCACAGAUGCAGAUAACUUCGGGAUCUCAUUUCCAAUGGACCUGGAUGUAAAGAUAAAGGCUGUGAUGGUAGGAGCCUGCUUCCUCAUUGAUUUCAUGUUUUUUGAGAAGAAACCACGUAAUCAACAUUAAUAAACAAUUCAUGACGUAA